UCCACCAUUUCGCUGCGUAAAGUCUCCUCCCCGCGACCGCUACAUUCUGCGCCGAAACCCAGUCUCUCCCGGUCCGUAUUUUAACUUCUUCCCACAGACCUAGUGGUACCUCGUUGGGUACCGGGAGACAGUUUGGAUUACUGGCAUCACGGAUUGAGUGCGAUUUUACGCGGAUGACGACUCCUUCAACGAGAAUUUAGUAAAAGAAAAUUGGUCGGAAAUUUCAGAAUAUGUGGAGGGGACCCUAAUUUCAGCAUCCUGGAAGUAGAAAGCACAGAAGAUCUGUGUCUCACACCACAGACAGGUGCAGUGUGUAGCCGGGGCAGCACAGAGGAAGGAAGCUCUGGGGAGGAGGCGGUGCGGCAGCGUGCCUCUCCGGCUGUGGAUGUGCUGGGUGGCAACCCCCAGGCUGCACAGAAUGUGGCUGGGGAGUCACCUCGGCAUGCCCCGCAGCCGGUCGCAGCUGCCUCCCGCCCAGUCCCUCCGUUCACCAAUCCGUCCACUGUGCCACUGCAGGAGAGCAACGACUCAGCAUUCCUCGGCAUGGAGAACGCCCCUCAGACCAACUUGCCUGAGACUCUCCCGAUCAGCGGCAACUCCAAGGACAGCAUCUCAGAACAAGUCCCUGCUGAGGAGAGCACUGUCAGACUUUCGAGGUCCUUGCAAACAUCCCUCAGUGAGGACUGUAGUUCCUCCGCUGAGAUGCAAAGGCUUCCAGCUUCCCUUUGUCCCCCUCUCGCCACAGAUAUACAGAUUGACAGCACAGUGCAGGAGUUGCAAUACGGGUCACAAACUGAUAACGAGAAAAGCCACUCAAUUAGCCAGACAAACCAGAUUCAGCCACCUAGAGAAGGUGCUGGACUUGUGGUUAUUACGGGGACAAAGGAGAAACAGUCUGUCACAUUGGAAUAUAAACCAGAGACUGGAACAAACAUGGAACUUGGUGGAAAAGAGCACACAGGCGGAAAUAUUCUCCCUCAACCCCAGUCUCAAAUCUGUUUCACGGCCUCAUCUCCAUCUAUCCCACAAUCAAGUGUUAAAGUCCAAGACACCACAGAACACGGGGUUACGGAGCAGCCUGAUGGGGACCCACUUGUCCACGCAAAUCAAAGCAGCCAUAUACCUCCGCCAGGGCAGGCAGGUGGCCGCCAGGACUCAAAAUCGUCUCCGCUCCCUUUACCCUCACCUGUCGACAGUGAGAUUAAACAAACUGACCUGUCAAAAACACAACCGAAAAUCAUCAGAGAGAUCUCAAAUGAUGCCAGAGAAACACAGAAACAAAAUUCUUUGGAAGCAGUUGAGAUGUUUGAGCACGUUAAAGAGCUUGUUGACACUUCUCACAAAGAAACACAACCUCCCUCUGCUGAAAUACUUGAGACCCCAAAGGCAAGAGAACCGAUUCCUGGAUCAUACACUUCUCCCGGGAAAGGAAGCUCAGUGUCCGGCAACAUCCAGAGGGGCUGCCAUCCACUGGAAGGAGAGCAGGUGGAGAGAAGCAUGAGGGAAGAACAAACUUACCCCUCCUCAUCCGACUUAACAAUGGUGCCAGAGUGCUCCUCCACACAGGAGAGUUCCUCCAAACCCUCUGUUGCACCGCCUCUGUUUGACACAGGCCUGGUUGUCUCACUGCAGGCGGAGCAGGUUGCUGAAGCAGAAACAUCUCAUCCUUCCGAGCAAGUCCCCACAACAGAGACGCCACUCACUGCUGAGCUUGUGCAUUCAGCCGAAGCUCAAGAAAUUGUUGUUGUCAGAGAGGAGGCUCAUAUCAGUGGGGACUGGUCUAACAUGCACCUGAAUCAGAGUUACCUCCUGCAGCGAGAAGACGGCAGCGUCUGUGAAGCUGCCAUUGUUAACGAGCUGAGCUCUGAACUCUCUACUGGGGAACCAAAGCUGUAUGAGAGUGUUGAGGCAGAUAUUGAGUUAGACUCACAACCCGUGGAAGUGUACGAGUUUUGCACCCUGGUUGAGGAGGUUGCUGAGGAAACAGUCUGUGCCAGCAGUAGCGCACAGAUACCUCACUCUCCAGGAUAUGAGGUGAACUUAUUCAACGCAUUACUGGAGCACUCUGAGGAGGACCUUGAACCAUCUAUUCACACAAUUAAUGAAAGUGGCACUGUCAUUAUUUCCCAGCAGCCCUUGCCUUCGUUGCCUGAUGCAAAUCAAAUACAGGCGAACAGUAAUUCCCAUAAUUUGUCCAUACAAAACACAAGGGUAGCAGCUGUCGGGCAGCAUUUGGUAUUAGAUGCUAACCAAGCUGUUGAAGUGGCUAACUCAAGUGAGGUUUGUUUAGUUGAAGUAGCUGCUGUUACAUCUGACUCAUUCGCUGUUGAACAGACGGGCACCAGUCCACAAAUCGUGACAUCUUGCACACAGGUCAAUGCAGCCCUCUUGGACCAAACAGAGGUGAGUGAUUCUCCUGUAAUUCAAAUGAUUCCCCAAAAACAGAAAGCAGAGGCAGCAACUGGUGCACUCUCUUUCAUAUCCCCGGUGGUUACUGGUGAGGAUGUACCUGUUGCUGUUUCACUACAUGUUCAGCCCUCUCUAAAUCAGACUGUUGUAAGUGCCACAAAGCGUGAGGCCUAUGUUUCUUCACUCGAAGGGACCAAAGACACCCCUGCUUUGACAGAGACUCCAUCACAGAGUGUCCAGAAUGUUGCUGUGCCCGCAGGAACCAAACCAGAGGCUCUCUGCACCACUCACUCCUCUGGUGUUAUAAAUCCAAAGCUGCUCCUUCUUAAACAGGGAGAAACUCCUCUCCUGAUACACCCACCCCCCCUUUUGGCACAGGUGUCCAAGCAGCAGAGUGCAGCCAGCAAUCUGGCCAAUGCCCACACCUCUUUGUCUGAGGAGUGCCUUCCCCAAACUGUCUCGGACUCUUUAUGUGCGCCUGUGGCUCCUAGCGGCCAUAAAGAUCAGACGCAAUGCUCUGUCAAUAAAACUUCAGUGUCAGCAGCCCUGCCUGUCAAGGUACAGCAGCCCAUUAUGAGCAGUAACUCGCUUCAACUUGGCCAGACUGCAUCUGUCACCCCCACAACCUCAACAAGCAAAUCUGACAAAGAGGCCUUAACUGUUACUAAAACUUCAAGCAAAGCAAAUCCUGCGUCCCAGGAUGUUGUCACCCCGACAGAAGCUACGACGCCUAACGCCCUUUACAUGCUCUCAGCAUCCGUUGAAAGAGACGGUGCAGUCAUGGCACCAAGCAGUCUGGAUGACCCUGCCAGCCAACCGGACUCGCUCUAUGUUGAGGAGGAGGGUGACGACAUGGAGCAGGACGAACCAACUGAGGACACUGAGGCUCAGGAGCCCACUUCAGGACAGGUCAGCAGUCCAGAGGAAGUCAGUGAUGAAGAACCUGAUGAAGACAAAACAGAAAGUGAGAUGAUCGCCCACAGCUCACCACAUAAGGUACGCCAGUGGAUAGCAGACAGGGUCACUGCAAACUCCUCCCCUGUCUCACCCUCCACCUCGUCGUCUUACCCCGGCCCCUCACCCACCAGUGAUUGGUCCACUCCACGACGGGAGAAGUCCUCGCCUCUCCGGGGUCCUCAUGGGAAGUUUGUUUCUCCUUCCUCUGUUGGCGGCUACAGUUCCUCCUCUUCCCCACCGGAUCAGGCCACCCCUCAGCGACCCCGUGGAGAGCGUCACACAGACAUGGCAGAGCUGGCUAAACAUGAAGCAGACAUCGAGCAUCGGACCCAGGCACUGAAGCGAGAGGGCUUUUGGUCAAUGAAGCGUCUAACCCGCCUGACAGAGCCGCCAAGACCCAAAGUUCACUGGGACUACCUGUGCGAAGAGAUGCAGUGGCUCUCUGCUGACUUUGCUCAGGAGCGAAGGUGGAAGAGAGGGGUGGCUAGGAAGGUGGUACGGAUGGUGAUGAGACAUCACGAGGAACUGAGGCAAAAAGAAGAAAAGGCCAAGAGAGACGAGCACGCUAAGAUCAGGAGAGUUGCCUCUUCUAUCGCAAAGGAGGUCCGGGCUUUCUGGAGCAGCGUGGAGAAGGUGGUGCAGUACAAGCAGCAGUCCAGACUGGAGGAGAAGAGGAAGAAGGCCUUGGACCUUCAGCUGGACUUCAUUGUCGGCCAGACGGAGAAAUACUCGGACCUCCUCAGCAAGUCACUCGCACCCACCAGACCUGUUGAAGCUGAACCUGAACCUGUCCCACAGACUCCACAGAAAUCUGUGCCAGCUCCCGUCGAUGAGGAUGACAGAGACUUUGAGCCUCCAUGUGAGGAGGAGGACGAUGAGGAGACCAUAGAGGUGGAGGAGCAACAGGAGGGCAAUGAUGCUGAGAGCCAUCGGAGGGAGAUUGAACUGCUGAAGGAGGAGGGCUUGCUGCCCCUCGACCAGUUACUCAGCACCCUCAAACUGCCAACGGAGUCGGGCUCAGAUGAAGAAUGCUCUGAUGAAACCUCCUCAUCGGUGGAGGAGGAAGAGGAAGAUGGCGAAUUCACAGCCAACGAAGAGGAUGCCGAGGAUGAGGAGGACACCAUCGCUGCCCAGGAGAAGGUCGAGGGAAACGUGGAUCACACAGAGGAGCUGGAUGAUUUGGCCAGAGAAGGUGAUAUGACUGUUGAGGAGCUGCUGGAGAAGUACAAAGGAGCGUACGCCUCAGACUUUGAGGCACCAUCUGCAUCUGGCUCCAAAGAAAGCUCUGAUUCGGAGGUGUCUGGGGAUGAGGAGGAGGAGACUGAGGAAGAUGAGAGUGAUGUGGAAAGCAACACUUCCUCCUCAGAUUCUCCAGGAGACAGUGCAGAGGAUGAUGACAGUGAGAAGGAUGAAGAGGAGAGUGAGGAAGAUGAUGAUGAUGAUGGCUGUGGAGAUGAAGGGAUGGAGGUCUUGCUGAAGGAGGGAGACAACAGCCCACCCUCUGCUAGCUCACGGCCAAAGAAAGAGAUCAGCCACAUUGCUGCGACUGCAGAGAGCCUGCAGCCUAAAGGCUACACGUUGGCCACCACAAAGGUGAAGACCCCCAUCCCAUUCCUGCUUCAUGGCACGUUACGAGAAUACCAGCACAUUGGACUCGACUGGCUGGUCACCAUGUACGAGAAAAAGCUGAAUGGCAUUCUGGCUGAUGAGAUGGGUUUGGGAAAAACCAUCCAGACUAUCGCUCUGCUGGCUCACCUUGCCUGUGAGAAAGGUAACUGGGGCCCUCACCUCAUCAUCGUGCCCACCAGUGUGAUGUUAAACUGGGAGAUGGAGCUCAAACGCUGGUGUCCUGGGUUUAAAAUCCUCACUUACUUUGGCAGCCAGAAGGAGAGGAAGCUAAAGAGACAGGGUUGGACGAAGCCUAAUGCUUUCCACGUUUGCAUCACUUCGUACAAGCUGGUACUGCAGGAUCACCAGGCCUUCCGACGUAAGUCUUGGCGGUACCUGAUUCUAGACGAGGCACAAAACAUCAAGAACUUCAAGUCCCAACGCUGGCAGAGUCUGCUGAACUUCAACAGCCACCGGCGACUGCUGCUGACAGGAACGCCGCUCCAGAACAGCCUGAUGGAGCUGUGGUCUCUGAUGCACUUCCUCAUGCCCCACGUGUUCCAGUCCCACCGCGAGUUCAAAGAGUGGUUCUCCAACCCGCUGACGGGAAUGAUCGAGGGCAGUCAGGAGUACAACGAGGGCCUGGUCAAGAGGCUCCACAAAGUGCUGAGACCUUUCCUGCUCAGAAGGAUCAAGAUCGACGUGGAGAAGCAGAUGCCCAAAAAAUACGAGCAUGUGGUGCGCUGCCGCCUCUCCAAGAGACAGCGAUUUCUCUACGAUGACUUCAUGGCUCAGGCCUCGACCAGAGAGACGCUGGCCAGCGGUCACUUCAUGUCUGUGAUUAACAUCCUAAUGCAGCUCCGCAAAGUGUGCAACCAUCCCAACCUGUUCGACCCUCGACCCAUCCAGUCUCCCUUCAUCACGCAGCCCAUUGUUUUCCACACAGCCUCUCUGGUGCAGGACGCCUUGGAGGUCUCUCCUUUGAAGCGCUGCGACCUCUCUGUGUUUGACCUUGUUGGUUUGGAGAGCCGUGUGUCCCAGUACCAGGCAGAUGUCUUCCUGCCACGUCACAAGGUCAGCCGCCAACUAAUCCAGGAGAUCACGGAGUCCCCUGAACCCCCUCCGAGACCUAAACCAGUCCGCAUGAAGGUCAACAGGAUGUUCCAGCCGCCUCCUAAAAGUGAUAAUCGACCGGUCCUGCUGAUGAACAAACCCACCUGCUCCGUGCCGCCUGCAGCACAGACCCCCAAACCUCCUCCAGUGACUGAAGUCACAUCAACUCCUGCUCCUGCUCCUGUAGUUCAGCAAGUUGUGUGUUCAGUCGCAACCACGGCCCCUCGCCCAGCCAUGCACCCCACCGCUCAAACUGCAGUGAGAUCCAGCGCUCCAAAACCAGUGCUGACUGUACGGCCUCCCACUGCUUCCUGCACCGCCGGUAUCCCUGCUCAUCCAAGUCCAAACCCCAGCAACGUCCUGCCCCAGAGGGUCCUGCUCAGCCCAGAUAUGCAAGCUAGGUUGCCUUCUGGUGAGGUAGUGAGCAUAGCCCAGCUCGCCUCCCUGGCAGGAAGACCUGUGUCGUCAUGUCAGGGCAGUAAACCUGUCACCUUCCAGCUUCAGGGCAACAAGUUGACUCUGUCUGGAGCUCAGAUCCACCAAGUCCCAGCAGCGUCUCCACGCCCAGUUCAAGGUAAUGUGAUGCACCUGGUGUCCAGCGGGGUGCAGCACCACCUCAUCAGCCAGCCUGCCCAGGUGGCUGUCCAGAGCGCAGCCAACACACAUCCUGCAAACACCUCCUCCACUGCUCCGCCUGCAAACCGGCUGCCUCAUACUGCCUCAGCACAAGUGCCCCCCGCCAUGGUGAGCAGCCCCGGCGUCGUGAAGAUUGUUGUGCGUCAGACAGCAGGCAAGGACGGCGGGCCUGUGCCCACCCUGGCUGUGGCCCCUUCCCCUCGUGUUGCUCCUCAGGCAUCUCCUUCCCCGCACCCCCACGCCAACACAACCCCUGUCAGAAACACAGCUCCACUGCAAAUUUCCCAGCGCACCCCUGGUCCCGCUACCGCCCACUACACCAUGGCUCCUCCCGGAAACCCCAGCCCGACCCCGAACCAGCCCCACCCCCCUCGCCCUGUCCUCAAAGUAGUGCAGCCUCCUCCAUCGAGCACAGAGCAGCCAGCUCCAGCUCAGGUCACCUCUUCGUCCUCUGUGUCCAAGUCUUCAUCAGCACCACGUGACAGCAGCAGCAGUCAGACACCAGUUAGCACCAAGUCCAGGCCCAGUACAGGAGCCAAAGCCUUCCCUCCUCCCAGGAGAGUGCCGCGUCCACCUCCUCGCUCACCCUUUCACAUGGUAAGAAAGUUCUGCCUCCUGUAACUGAGCAUCUACCUU